AUGGGCAACGAUGAAGAAGGAAGGCAAUUGGCGACUCCAGAGUUCUGGAACGCUCGCUACGACUCAAAGUCUGACGGAGUGAACCCAACUCACGAAUGGUUCCAGACUUAUGCCGCGCUGGAGCCAUUCUUUCAACGCCAUCUAUUCCCACUCCAAGCCAACGAGGGAAACCCACAGAUCUUGCAUCUCGGGUCAGGAGAUAGCACCGUUCCUUCCGAGCUCUCAGCUCAAGGUUUUACCAACCAGCUUUGUGUUGACUUCUCCCACGCCGUCGUUGAUCUGAUGACGAGCCGCAAUAAUAAUGACGCAAAUUCUGGCAUUUCUUGGAUGCUUGCCGACGUUCGCGAUAUGCACGACAUGCCUAGCAAGUCUUUUGACGUGGCGUUCGACAAGGGCACGCUUGAUGCCAUGAUUCAUGGCUCACCAUGGAGUCCACCUGAUGAGGUUCUCGACAACACUGGUCGAUAUAUCAACGAGGUUCAUCGCGUUCUCAAAGACGACGGAGUUUUCUUGUACGUCACGUAUCGACAGCCACAUUUCAUGAAGCCUUUGCUUAAUCGGGACAAUAUUUGGGAUCUUGACAUGGAGUACCUCUCAAACGAUAAGGGCUCGUUUGAGUAUCAUGGGUUUAUCUUGAGAAAGAGUUCUACCAAGGACUCUGGAGCUACAAGCCAAGCAUCUUGA